GCUGGUCAGUCAUGCAGGGUUCACCCCGAAGGCGGUCGGCGGUCAGUAUCUUUAGCAACUUUUUCCAGGGUCGGAGGCAUUCUUCCUCUGAUCCGCUUCUUCGAGUGAUCCAGAGGCGCCGGAGCUCGGCUGUAGAGGUACUCUCGUCAUCGACUCGCCGGGUUAUGGUGGCAGUAUCAUCUCUGAGCCCAGAGGAGCUGGACGCAACUUUUCCUGAAAAAAAAAGAAGUUCGAGGCGUCCAACAGCAAAAUACACGAAAGUCGGGGAGCGCCUUCGCCAUGUCAUUCCUGGUCACAUGCAAUGCUCAAUGGCUUGUGGUGGCCGUGCUUGCAAGUACGAAAACCCAGCUCGGUGGAGUGACCAGGAGCAAGCCAUUAAAGGGCUCUACUCGUCUUGGAUAACAGAUAACAUACUGGCUAUGGCUCGACCCUCAACAGAAUUAAUUGAAAAGUACAACAUUAUUGAACAGUUUGAAAGAUGUGACAUAAAAACCGUAAUUAACCUUCAGCGUCCUGGGGAGCAUGCGAGCUGUGGGAAUCCGCUGGAACAGGAAAGCGGCUUCACCUACCUUCCUGAAGCUUUUAUGGAGGCUGGAAUUUAUUUUUAUAAUUUCGGAUGGAAGGAUUAUGGAGUGGCAUCUCUCACUACGAUACUCGAUAUGGUAAAAGUCAUGGCUUUUGCCCUGCAGGAAGGGAGGGUAGCUGUUCAUUGUCACGCAGGACUUGGUCGGACAGGAGUUCUAAUAGCUUGCUACUUAGUUUUUGCGACAAGAAUGAGUGCCGACCAAGCAAUUCUUUUCGUCAGAGCCAAAAGGCCUAAUUCAAUUCAGACUCGAGGGCAGUUGUUGUGCAUCAGAGAAUUCACUCAGUUUUUGGUUCCGCUGAGAAACGUAUUUGCGUGCUGCGAGCCCAAGGCACAUAGAGUGACUCUGUCCCAGUACCUGACCCGUCAGAGACAUCUGCUCCACGGCUAUGAGAGUAGGCAUCUCAAACACGUGCCAAAACUUAUUCAUCUGGUGUGCAAGCUGUUGCUCGACUUGGCCGAAAACAGACAAGUGAUAGCAGCGGAGUUGUUGGAUAUACCGGAUCUCUCAGCUGAAAUCGAGGAGACUGUUUCUCAGCUGGUGUCCACGCAGCUGGAUAGCGAACUCUCGAGGCAGGACAGUGACACGUCAGACUCCUCCCACACCCACUCAUCCACUUUUGAGAACCAAGAUUCCUUUUUCUCCAUGGGACAUGAAUGUGAUCCUCUUUGGAAAAGAAGCAAUGUCGAAUGCCUUCAGCCUCUUACUCAUCUGAAAAGGCGUCUGAGCUAUAGUGACUCAGAUUUAAGGAGAACGGAGUUUUCGUUAGAACAAGGAGAGACUGCGUGGACUGUACCUACUCAGAUAUUAGCGUGCAGCAAACAUAAGCAGAACAGUGGUGAGGAAUGUUCUGCCGCAGGCGAACAAAACCCACAGUUGGAUUUAAACAAAGAAGCCUUAGUACGUAACACGUGCAUGUUCUGGAGUCAAGGUAAAUUUAAUUUGGAUAGACGGAAAGAUGGAUCCUCGCUUUAUCACAGAAGGAACUCUACCAAAGAAGUACAACGCAGCAGAACCUUUUCGUCAGGUCUAGCAUCAAUGCACAAUACCAGGGAACCUGGAACACCAAGGCAUCAUUUUGCCAAUGAGAUCGCUCAUAGAAAAAGCCACAAAACUAAUACAUAUGGCAGGAGAGUCUCAGAGAACUCUGAUUCUUCGUCGUCUUCCACAGCGAAGUUUUCCAUUGGAUGUGAAAGCCAAGGUAGCAAAGAUGUGACAGAGUCAAUUCCACACAUUGUUCUGCAGUCAGAAUUAAGUUUGGAAGCCCGAAGAGUUUUGGCAGCAAAAGCGCUUGCAGAUAUAAAUGAAUUUCUGGGAGAGGAUGAAGUGAAGCAGAAAGUCGAAAUGUGGCAGAAAGAACUGAAUUCUCGAGAUGGAGCUUGGGAUAAAAUAUGUACCGAGAGAGAUCCUUUUAUCCUCUGUAGCUUGAUGUGGUCCUGGGUAGAGCAGCUGAAAGAACCGGUGUUAUCCCAAGAUGAUAUCGACAUGCUGGCAAAAAAAUGCACAGAAUCAGAGGAUGCACUUUGCUUAUUGAGAAAGGAGCAGUGUCAGACUAUCCUUUGUAUUUUACACUGUGUGGUGAGCUUGCAAACGCUACCAGCCGAUGUGGAGGAGGCCUUACUUGCUCGAGCUAUUAAAGCUUUCACUAAGACAAGCUUCGAUUCUGAAAAUGGACCAUACGUUUACAGUACCUUGAAACAAGUAUUUAAACAAACACUGGAAGAGAAGAGAAGGAAGCUUAAGGAAGGAAGAGAGAAUCCCUCCUGA